CUUAGAGCAAUAUUAAGAUCGAUAAAAGAAAUAGAGAAUAAACAGAGAGAAAUAAAAAAAGGAACUGAAUAAUAAAAUGUGGGUACAGUUUUUGGCGGCAAAAUGGACGUGGAGUUUAUAAGGCAUAAAUUUGAGGAUAGUUACGAUGGAGUACUCACAAAAACAAAAUUCAAAGUGGGUGUGCGGCAUCUGCAAAUGAUCUACAUGUUUGUGUGCUCGCUGGUGCUGGGCAUGCUGCGAGGGAGCAACGGCAUCGGCGUGCUCGCCAUCGCAGACUUUACACGCAAAAAUGACUCUUACGUGCAGAUCCACAACUGGGACAUGCGCAUCCAGGGCACGGUGCUGUCGUCGUACCUGUUUGGGUAUGCACUCAUCCUGGUGCCGGCGGAGCUGUACUUGAAGCAGGUGGUGGACAAGCUGAUCCUGACCGCUGUCCUGCUGAUCAACGGGGGGCUGGCGGCUGCUAUGCCCACCAUUGUUAAUAAGGGGGGCUGGAUCGCUGUGUGCAACGCGCAGUUCCUGCUGGGGAUGACUCAAGCGUGCCUCACGCCUGUCAAUCAGAAGCUGAUCACCAACUGGCUGCCACCCAGUGAGAGACAAUUUUUCGGGUUUGUCAUUCAAGGAGCAAUAUUACUUGGCACGAUCAUAUCUUUGCCAAUAUCUGGUCUUCUAACUCAAUCUCGUUUGUCUUGGGAGCUGGUCUUCUACUCCCAAGCCAUGAUGACUCUGUCCAUGGCGGUGAUAUGGGCUCUUCUCACUGCCAGCUCCCCGGAACAACAUCAGGCCAUAGGGGAUACAGAAAAGGAGUUCAUAAGAGAUACUCUUGCUGGAUAUUACAAAAAAAAGCUCCAAAAGCCGUGGCGUCGAAUUUUGCAGACAAAGCAAUUCUGGGCGUUGUCGCUCGCCCACUGCGCGGCGAAUGUGCUGUUUGUGUUCUUCUUGUUCGAGAUACCGGCCUUCCUGCACUCGCUGCGGCUGUCUGUCACACGUUGCAGCUGGCAAGCAGCGUUACCUCUAGCUACCAUGUGGAUGGUCUACGUCACGACCGCGCCCGCUGUUGACCUUUUCUACAGAUUUGGUCACAUCAACUUCUUAUUCGACGUCAAAUACUUUAGGAAAAUUAUUAAUGGAUUAGGAACUUUCGGGAUAAUAAUAGGAUUAACGAUUUUACCCAAUUUAGUUUCAAACUGGAAUCACUUAGGGGUAAUCGUUUUAAUUGGAACCUUGGCUCUUGUUGGAUUACAAUUUUCUGGAUUCCUUGAAAAUCAUAAAGACAUGACACAAAACUACCCCGGAACUUUACUGUUGUUGACCAGCGCCGUCGCCAGCCUGGUAGCAGCUGUAGUCCCGCUAUUGUCGGGUCUAGUCAUUGGUGAAGACGUUUGUAAUAUCCGUCGCUGGAGGAUAGUGUUCUCGGCGCUGGCAGCGCUGUACCUCGUCUGCAACGUUGUCUACUCCGUGUGCGCCAGCAGCGAGCGACAGCCGUGGGACGGCACUCUCGGACACAAGUUUGGAUACAGUAACGUGUUCUCGGCGCUGGCAGCGCUGUACCUCGUCUGCAACGUUGUCUACUCCGUGUGCGCCAGCAGCGAGCGACAGCCGUGGGACGGCACUCUCGGACACAAGUUUGGAUACAGUAACGUGUUCUCGGCGCUGGCAGCGCUGUACCUCGUCUGCAACGUUGUCUACUCCGUGUGCGCCAGCAGCGAGCGACAGCCGUGGGACGGCACUCUCGGACACAAGUUUGAAUACAGUAACGUGUUCUCGGCGCUGGCAGCGCUGUACCUCGUCUGCAACGUUGUCUACUCCGUGUGCGCCAGCAGCGAGCGACAACCGUGGGACGGCACUCUCGGACACAAGUUUGGAUACAGUAACGUGUUCUUGGCGCUGGCAGCGCUGUACCUCGUCUGCAACGUUGUCUACUCCGUGUGCGCCAGCAGCGAGCGACAGCCGUGGGACGGCACUCUCGGACACAAGUUUGGAUACAGUAACGUGUUCUCGGCGCUGGCAGCGCUGUACCUCGUCUGCAACGUUGUCUACUCCGUGUGCGCCAGCAGCGAGCGACAGCCGUGGGACGGCACUCUCGGACACAAGUUUGGAUACAGUAACGUGUUCUCGGCGCUGGCAGCGCUGUACCUCGUCUGCAACGUUGUCUACUCCGUGUGCGCCAGCAGCGAGCGACAGCCGUGGGACGGCACUCUCGGACACAAGUUUGGAUACAGUAACGUGUUCUCGGCGCUGGCAGCGCUGUACCUCGUCUGCAACGUUGUCUACUCCGUGUGCGCCAGCAGCGAGCGACAGCCGUGGGACGGCACUCUCGGACACAAGUUUGGAUACAGUAACGGUAUUUAUCACUGUAGUGUAGUAUCCGUCGCUGGAGGAUAG